CCGGCCCCGGCAGCUGCCCUGCACUCGCCGGCACUCGCCCGGCCAGCCCGCACUCCCGCCAGCUCCACACGCCGCAGCCAUGGGUCCCCCAGCUGCGCUAGCGCCGGCGCUGCUGCUCCUCGCGCUGGACGCACUGCUGUGGCCCGCAGCUAGCGCCUGGGAGCUCACCAUCCUGCACACCAAUGACGUGCACAGCCGGCUAGAGCAGACCAGCGAGGACUCUGGCAAAUGCCGAAACGCCAGCCUCUGUGUGGGCGGCGUGGCGAGGCUCUUCACCAAGGUGCAGCAGAUCCGCCAAGCCGAACCUAACGUGCUACUGCUGGACGCCGGCGACCAGUACCAGGGCACCAUCUGGUUCACUGUGUACAAGGGCUCCGAGGUGGCGCACUUUAUGAACGCUCUGCGCUACGAUGCCAUGGCACUUGGAAACCAUGAAUUUGAUAAUGGUGUAGAAGGACUAAUGGAUCCACUCCUCAAGGAGGUCAAAUUUCCAAUUCUGAGUGCAAACAUUAAGGCAAAAGGGCCACUGGCAUCUCAAAUAUCAGGACUCUAUUUUCCAUAUAAAAUACUUUCUGUUGGUGGUGAAUCCGUGGGAAUUGUUGGAUACACUUCAAAAGAAACCCCUUUUCUUUCAAAUCCAGGAACAAAUUUAGUAUUUGAAGAUGAAAUCACUGCAUUGCAACCUGAAGUAGAUAAGCUAAAAACUCUAAAUGUGAACAAAAUUAUUGCGCUGGGGCAUUCUGGUUUUGAAAUGGAUAAACUCAUCGCUCAGAAAGUGAAGGGUGUGGAUGUCGUGGUGGGAGGACACUCCAAUACCUUUCUCUACACAGGUCCUGCACCUUCUACAGAGGUGCCUGUUGGGAAAUACCCAUUUAUAGUCACCUCUGAUGAUGGGCGGAAGGUUCCUGUGGUCCAGGCCUAUGCUUUUGGCAAAUACUUAGGCUAUUUAAAGGUUGAGUUUGAUGAAAAGGGAAAUGUCAUCACUUCACAUGGAAAUCCCAUUCUUCUAAACAGCAGCAUUCCUGAAGAUGCAAGCAUAAAAGCAGACAUUAACAAAUGGAGGAUAAAAUUGGAUAAUUAUUCUACCCAAGAAUUGGGAAAAACAAUUGUCUAUCUGGAUGGCUCCACUCCAUCAUGCCGCUUUAAAGAGUGCAACAUGGGCAACUUGAUCUGUGAUGCUAUGAUUAACAACAACCUUAGACACCCAGAUGAAAUGUUCUGGAACCAUGUGUCCAUGUGCAUUUUAAAUGGAGGUGGCAUCCGGUCACCCAUUGAUGAGCAGAACAAUGGUACGAUUACUUGGGAGAACCUGGCUGCUGUGUUGCCCUUUGGAGGCACAUUUGACCUGGUUCAAUUAAAAGGUUCCACCCUGAAGAAGGCUUUUGAGCACAGCGUGUAUCGAUAUGGCCAAUCCACAGGAGAGUUCCUGCAGGUGGGCGGAAUCCAUGUGGUAUAUGAUCUUUCCCGAAAACCCGGAGACAGAGUGGUCCAAUUAGAUGUUCUUUGCACUAAGUGUCGAGUGCCCAGUUAUGAACCUCUUAAAAUGGAUGAGGUAUAUAAGGUGACCCUCCCAAGUUACUUGGCCAAUGGUGGAGAUGGAUUUCAGAUGAUAAAAGAUGAAUUAUUGAAACAUGACUCUGAAAUGAAACCUCCAUCAUCCCAUCAUGAAUUCUGUGAAAAUAAUUUUGAGCAGGUGACCAAGAUAUCAACGUGGUUUCUCAAUACAUCUUAAAAAUGAAAGUAAUUUAUCCAGCAGUUGAAGGUCGGAUCAAGUUUUCUGCAGGAAGUCAUUGCCAUGGAAGUUCUUCUUUAAUAUUUCUUUCAUUUUUGGCAGUGAUCCUUGUUUUAUACCAAUAGUCAAAAAAUCUCCUGGCCAUUAAUGUGAAACUGCAUUUUUUUCUGAGUGAGAUUCAGACCUGCCUCUUAGGAUCUGGCUUUAUGAUAGCACAGACCUACCCACAGGCUCCUAGAAGCUGAAACUUAGGGAGCAUUGUGAAUGCAGAGACUGACAUUAUCACUCAGGAUCAGCAACUUAGUGAACAGAUAGAGAAAUAAAAAUAAAUAAAUAAAUAAAUAGGGCCUUACCAGGAGGAAGCUAACCAUACUUAGUAACAUAUCCAAAUUUUAAUAAAAAUGUAAACUAUAGAACUUUAAACCAUAAAAAUUAUUUUUUCCUAUAUUUCCAUUCUAGUCCAUCCAACUUAUGUUUACGUGUAACUUAACCAUUUACAGGGGGUUUUAAACAUAUCGUCUCAUUUAAUGCCCACAACUUUCUUUGGUGGGUUUUCCCCAUUUAACAGAUGAGGAAACAGAAGCUCAGAAAAGGGUUGACUUGAUCUAGGCAACACAGCUAAGGGACAGACCCAAGACCCGGACCUAGGUCUUUUGCCCUGAAGCCCAAUAAUCUUUCAAGUACAUCAAGUUGCUGUUCAGACUGAUACUUAAUAGUCUCCUCUUUCUAACUAUCAAUGGCCCAAAGCUCACGGACAAGUCUUUAGCAUAUUUCUGGUCUCCACCAGCCCCACCCCCUAUUUUGGCUCCUGUAGUAGCAGGUUCAACGGAGUAAACACAGGAUAGCAUUCUCUCUCAUCACUAUGUGCUUUUGAUAAGUCAGCAAACUGUGAAGCAGGUAAUGGGAAAGGCCAGAGGUUUCAAAAGGCAGUCAAGGGACAGGUGAGAGAGGGUAGAGAAGAACAGGAUGCCAAGACUGACUUAGAUUACAGAAGAGAAAGAACUUUAUAAAGUGCAUUUAGAUGAUAGAAAAUAUUUGCUAGGGAGGAGCAGCAUGGUGCGUGACACAUAGUAUUAGCUGUUGUUAAUUCUAUGAGAUUCCAUUAGCUCUGUGCUCUUUUCCUUCCUUCCUCUUAACAUGAGGGUGUCAUGAGAAGAGAACUUUCUAAAAUGAACUAAUUCUAAACCUGCACCUCCCCAAGAUACUUGCACUGUACUUUCUCUACUCACACUACAUACAUUAUGGAAAAUCCAGAGUUCUAGAAGACGACUGAUUUUAAAAGUUGUGUACACAAGAUGUUUGAAGUCACUCGCCUCAAAAUCCAAUCAAUCGCUGUAAGUCACUCUCAAGUCCAGGUAUGAGAAUACCUGCAGUUAGUUGGCCCCAGAGUGGAUGCUCAGCAAAUAACUAGACUAAUGAAAGAUUUAUACCCAAAGAACAAACACCUGCUUAAGGUGGUAGUGGGAGCAGGUGAGUCUGCUCAGCAUAGCAUUGUUAAUUCAAGCAAUGGGAGCCUUCACCUUAAAAAUAGUGAGCAAAGGACAGCUGGACACUUGGAGAGGGAGUAUGUUUGCUUCUCAGUGUUUACAAAUAUCAAGUACUUUUGAUAAAAAAUAUACUUUCAAACUUUAUAACCUUUUUAUAAUGGUUGCUGCAGUAAAAAUGCCCUCAGUUCUUCGCAUAAAAGAUUAGCUAUAAAUAAAUAUCAAUAAGAAUGUACAAAAUAUUAGAAAGGUACAUUUGGGGUAUAAAUUUUAUGCUUGGCCAGUAAACUAGGAUAAACCUUACUUAAAGCACAUUUUUUUAAAGAACAUUUUUAUAAGUUUUCUAAAUAUGUGUAUAUGUGUUGUGCAGUGGUAUGAGAAAUGACUUUGGAUCACUUUUUAACUGUAGAUUCCAAACAAUAAA